AGCCCGCGGGCGGCUCAGAACGCCGACCGUAUCAUGGCCGCGGGAGCCGGGACGACAAGCCCCGCUUCCGGCCCGGGCGUCGUGCGUGACCCGGAGGCGUCACAGUCGAGGAAGCGGCCCGGCCGCGAGGGCGGGGAGGGCGCGCGGCGAUCGGACGCGAUGGCGGGAGGAGGCGGGAGCAGCGACGGCAGCGGGCGGGCGGCAGGCCGGCGGGCGUCCCGCAGCGGCGGGCGGGCUCGGCGGGGGCGCCAAGAGCCUGGGCUGGGGGGCACCGCGGAGCGGGGUGCGGGGGAAGCACGGCUGGAAGAGGCAGUCAAUCGCUGGGUGCUCAAGUUCUACUUCCACGAGGCGCUGCGGGCCUUUCGGGGUAGCCGGUACGGGGACUUCAGACAGAUCCGGGACAUCAUGCAGGCUUUGCUUGUCAGGCCCUUGGGGAAGGAGCAUACCGUGUCCCGGCUGCUGCGGGUUAUGCAGUGUCUGUCGCGCAUUGAAGAAGGGGAAAAUUUAGACUGUUCCUUUGAUAUGGAAGCUGAGCUCACACCACUGGAAUCAGCUAUCAAUGUGCUGGAGAUGAUUAAAACGGAAUUUACUUUGACAGAGGCAGUGGUCGAAUCCAGUAGAAAACUGGUCAAGGAAGCUGCUGUCAUUAUUUGUAUCAAAAACAAAGAAUUUGAAAAGGCUUCAAAAAUUUUGAAAAAACAUAUGUCCAAGGAUCCCACAACUCAGAAGCUGAGAAAUGAUCUCCUGAACAUUAUCCGUGAAAAGAACCUGGCUCACCCUGUUAUUCAGAACUUUUCCUACGAGACCUUCCAGCAGAAGAUGCUACGCUUCCUAGAGAGUCACUUGGAUGACGCAGAGCCCUACCUUCUCACGAUGGCCAAAAAAGCUUUGAAAUCUGAGUCUGCUGCCUCAGCUACAGUGAAAGAAGAAAAACAGCCAGCACCAGAGCCUGUGGAAAAGCCACUUAGGGAACCUGCAAGGCAGCUACGGAAUACUCCAACCACCAUUGGAAUUAUGACUCUGAAAGCAGCUUUCAAGACUCUGUCCAGUGCACAAGAUUCUGAAGCAGCCUUCUCAAAACUGGACCAGAAAGAUCUGGUACUUCCUAAACAAGCAUCCCCAUCAUCACCAGCCCUCAGAAAUAAGAGACCAAGAAAAGAUGAAAAUGAAAGUUCAGCCCUUGCUGAGGGUGAGGGUGGCUCAGAACUGCAGCCGAAGAACAAGCACAUGACAAUAAGCAGAUUGGUUUUGGAGGAGGACAGCCAGAGUAUGGAGCCAAGUGAAGGCUUCGACUCCUCCCAGGAAGUUGUUCCAGCUUCACCAUCCAAGGCCACCGUUGUCAACCAUCCCCUCCCUGGGGAGAAAAAUCCCAAAUUACCCAAAGGCAAGUGGAACAGCCCUAAUGGGGUUGAAGAAAAAGAAACUUGGGUGGAAGAGGAUGAGCUGUUUCAAGUUCAGGCACCAGAUGAAGAGAGUACAACAAAUAUAUCAAGAAAGCAGAAGUGGACCGUAGAAGAAAGUGAGUGGGUCAAGGCUGGAGUGCAGAAAUAUGGGGAAGGAAACUGGGCUGCCAUUUCUAAAAAUUACCCGUUUGUUAACCGAACAGCUGUGAUGAUUAAGGAUCGCUGGCGGACCAUGAAAAGACUUGGCAUCAACUGAAACAGGCUCUCAUUUCCACAGAAUUCACAGGAGCAUGGUUCCUAAUAAUAGUCCCUGAUAGUCUGCUGUUUCUUUCAGAAGCUGGGCUGGGAUGAAAAUUUGGGGCAUCCUCCUCCGACGUGGGGGAGGCCCCAGUUCCACUCCAUCACUGUAGGAGAUCAUGGAGCUGAGAAAGCCAAGUCCACCCAUGGUCUUGGCAGGGAUGACAGGCACAUAGCUUGUACAGUGCCAGAAUAUCAUUAGUAUUUCCCUUCUUUAGUGGUUUGCUUGAAUUUAAAUCCCCAGUAAUCAGUAGAACCUUCUCCUAGAAAAUGGUGGAGUCUGUUAGGAGCCACUUAUGACUCCAUGACCUGUUAAAACCAGCAACACGAACAUUAUUUGGAGUGAACUUGUUCCUGGUGAAGCUUUGGCCUUCUGAUACAAAUGCAGAGGAACUUCAUGUCAUGAGCCCAGGCUGAUGAGAGACCUUUAGAAACUGUCUAGCCGGUCGUGACGCCGACACCUCGCCCCGACUGCCUUGGCAUCUGCUCUUGAUUGCUGGGCUGUGUAGGCAGGUUUAACCUCCACUACUUAUGUGGUUGAACCAGUGUGUUUUUUAGUGAAAUGGUGAUUAUAGAUAAGCUUAGCCCCUCCCCAUACUCUCUUCUCAGUUCCCUGCCUUAUGCUGGACUUUUAAAGCUUAAAAAAAUCCUGAUUGAAUAUAAAUACCUAAUUCCAUUCUUUGUGAAAUGGUUGCUUCUGCCUAAUUUCCCAAUUGUGCUGUGUUAAUGUCUUGCACUGAAAUUCAACAUUCCCUUUUCCUUUUGUACUGUGUUGUGCUUGCUGUCUCUCCUGGACAUCCUUAAAGACUGUCUUUUUAGCAAAAAAAAAAAAAAGGAAAAAAAAAUUUCAGUAAAGUGUUUUCUGUAAUCUUUUUUUAAAAUAUGAGAACUAUGUCCAUAACUUGUAGCUUUCUUCAUUAAAGUCUUGCUUCUCUCAA